CAGAGGACCUUGCAAAUGAACAAGCUUCUUACAACACCUAGCAAAGAGUGGAAACGUGACAGCAAUCGUUUCGGUCUUCACAGACUUUUAUAUCCAAGAUCAUCUUAUUGUUUCCUACAAGACCUCACACCUGAGACAAUGAAGGGCCAACUGCUGUUUCUUCUCACGCUGUUUGGUAUUUCUAGUCGUUCAGUCUCUGCUGACUGUUCAAAUUGUGCCAGUGACCAGAACUGUGAUGCCACUGCCAACAGCUGUAUCUGCAAUAAAACUCUGUACAACACAAUAGGGAGCCCACCAACCCCUGUCAUUCAGUGCAGCAAUACCAUGAGUUUGUCCAUGCCAAAAUGCCAACUGGAAAAAGACAGAUACAACUCAACCAGUUUACAUCUGAAGGAUUCAGCCUGCCACUUGCAUGAUCAAACUGUUGAUAAUAUUGCUCAAAUGGUUUAUAACUGGACACUAAAGAAUGGAGAGUGUGGCAACAGUAUAAUUGUAAAUUCUUCUCAUGUAACUUAUGUCAAUCAACUGUUUGUCUAUGCCCAAAACUCUAUAAUCACCAGCAGAAAUAAUGCUACUGUAAAUUUCUCAUGCUCUUAUCCACUAAACAUGAGUACUUCACUUAAUUUUCCUCUAAAGACAGUAUUUGGAUCGGCAGAGAUCUCAAUUCCUGGUGGAGAAGGAAAAUUGAACAUAAUUAUGUCAGUUUAUACAGAUUCAGCAUUCUCCCAACAUGUAACUGCCGACACUGAGUUGACUGUGGACCAGCCUGUGUAUGUCUCAGUGUGGAUGCCAAGUUUGCAGUCUUUCUCUGUUAAAGUCACCAAUAUGUAUGCCACAGAAACAUCAGAUUCCUCUGUGGGAACAAAAGUAUAUCUACUUCAGAAUGGGUGUAAACCUGAUGGCGUUGGAGCUGAUAUAAUGAGCACAUUACAGAAUGGAAAUAACACAGAAUCACGAUUUAUAAUGAAUGUUUUCAAGUUUACUACUACAUCUAGCGUGUAUCUGUUUGCAGAUGUUACAAUCUGUGAUGGAACUUGCAUACCGGCCUGUAGUUCCCGCUCAGGUGUUGUUGACAGAGCAGCAGAAACACAGACUCUCAGUGUGUAUCUGGAAUCACGUGACAUAUUCUCUGGUGCUACAACUGCAUUUAGCUGUUUCUCUUCACUUUGGAUUAUGAACUCAAUUUUGUUCUCCGUUCUUCUCAGUAAACUCAUGUAGAAAAUCAUCCUCUCACAUGAUCCUUGCACAGUCAAUAAUCAAAAUAACAUUUUCCUGCUAUUUUUCACUACAGUAUGAAUAUAUAUUCCUUUCAACUUGCUGCCAAUCUUUUGAGAUCAUAUAAACCCUUAUUAGUUUUAUAGUAAAUGUAAAAAAAAACAAUUAUUUACGCUGAUGUAUUUAUUUUACUUUUGAUUUUAUUGCCGCUGCCACCUUUUCUUUGCUUGGUUUUUGCACUGUUGUACAUUUAUCUGCCACUCAAUAAAUUUCAAUUCAAUUUA